AUGAAAGUCAUAAUUAUCGUGUGUCUCAUUGUUUUAUUGAAGGAGACGUCAAGCAAACCGGAUGACGCUAGAGAUGAAGAGAAAUGUGAGGGUAUCCUCGUUAGGAAUAAGUUUCACAGGAAGCACGUGAUCGGUAUGGGUCUGAACCGGCCCUACCAACUAGCCUACGACCACACAGAUCACAAGAUCUUCUUCAGCUUCAACAUUGGCAAAGACGAUGAGGACUCCUUCGAAAUAGGUUUCAUAGAAAAGGGUCAUAUAAAACAUAAAGUUAUCGAAGGCGUUGAAAAUGGUUUUGCUAUCGCUAUAGACAACAAGGAUAAAGUUGUUUACUUCGGAGGAAGCAGCGGUGUAUACAGGCACCAUUUCAAAACGAACACCAGCGUUACAAAAAUCCUGAGUAACCAUGACAUAUGGGACAUGUUCUUCAAGCAUCAUCUAUACUUUAUAACAUAUCCUCAACAGCAUCUGUAUAAAAUGGUUCAUGUCAAAAAUGAGACUGAAAUCGAACGCCAAAAACACAUACACGAAAACAUAUAUCAGUUUGCUAUCGACAGCGACGAAGAUAUAUUUAUUACUAAUGGGACUGGUUUAUACUUAAUAAAGAACGGUACAACUGACAGGAUUUUCUAUGAAGGACCCAAAAUGUACCGAGCGAUUGAAAUAAAUAACAAAGGGGUUGCCCACUUCAGCGGGCAAAACGGUAUUUUUGUUGCCAAUAAAAAAAAACAUGUACUAGAAAAAAUUGCGCACGUCAAAAACAUUUUUGGUUUGACGUUUGACAGCGAAGACAAUAUAAUUUAUUCUGAUCCACAUGAAAUAGUCAAACUGGUACGUGAGGAUUGUAAAUAA